AUGGGUCCACCCAACUCAGGAGCAACAAACGGCGUCAACGGCGACUACGGUGUCCUGGAGUCAAGAGCGAACUCGAAGCCCACAAAUAAGUUCGAGCCUCCACCUGGACCUCCGGCGCCACUGGCAACUGCAGAACACCACAAACCGCUUGGGGCUGACCGUGAUGGCGUUACGGCCGCCUUCAAGCGGUUUGCUCAGUCCAUCCAUGCGUCUCAACGCCCCCUGCCCACGCAGCUUGGGGAUGGGACGGGGAAUACCAGAAGGAAGCAGACCGGCUUCAAGGUUGACUUGAAGCACCUUGGCAAGAAAGAUGUCAAGACGAUCGUGGACCUCGUCAAGAGUAAGAUCCACGGGACAGAUCCACUUGAUGACAAGACCAUGCUCAUGGAACGCAUCAUCAUGAUUGUCGCUGGGCUUCCUACCAGGUCGAGGACUCGGGUCUUGUUGACGAACCAGUUCAUCGGCGAGCUCUGGUACAGCUUAGACCACCCUGUGCUCAAUUACAUCGGUGACAAGACCAUGUAUCGCGCCGCGGAUGGCUCCAACAACAAUCCUCUGUAUCCGUCCAUGGGCGCAGCGGGAACAACAUACGCCCGCUCGGUCCGUCCUACAAUCAUGCCUCCUGGAGCCUUGCCUGACCCGGGGCUCGUUUACGACUCUGUUAUGAGACGCUCGGAAACCGGUUACAAGAAGCAUCCCAACAACGUCUCAAGCAUUCUGUGGUAUUGGGCCACUAUCAUCAUCCAUGACCUCUUCUGGACAGACUAUCCCGAUAUGACCAAGUCCAAGACGUCUUCGUAUCUGGACUUGUCGCCGCUGUAUGGAAGCAACCAGAAAAUGCAAGAUACCAUCCGCACCUUCCGCGACGGAAUGCUCAAGCCCGACGCUUAUGCCGACAAGCGGCUGAAUGGCAUGCCAGCUGGCGUCUCGGUCCUGCUCAUCAUGUUCAACCGGUUCCACAACCACGUCGCGAAGCACCUCGCACUCAUCAACGAGGGCGGCCGCUUUGCGCCACCUACCAGCCCACGACCGGACACCUUAGACCCCCAGCCAGUCAACAAUGACGAGAAGGCAGAUGAGGCUUACAAAAAGAGCCAGGCCGCGUGGAAACAGUACGACGAGGACCUAUUCCAGACGGCUCGCCUCGUCACCUCCGGUCUGUACAUCAACAUCACGCUGGUGGACUACGUGAGGAACAUCGUCAACCUCAACCGCUGCGAUACCACCUGGACGCUGGACCCGCGGCAAGAUAUGGGCCGGGAUGCUGGCACGUCCAAGGGUGCCGAGGCAGGCACGGGCAACGUCGUCUCUGCCGAGUUCAACCUCUGCUACAGGUGGCACAGCUGUAUAUCUGAGAAGGACGACCGCUGGAUCCAGGAGUUCUACGCCGACUUGUUCGGGAAACCUGCCAGUGAAGUCAACCACGUCGAAAUGGUCAGGGGCUUCUCAAAGUUCGAGCGCAGCAUCCCCGAGGACCCAGCGGAGAGGACAUUCGGCAAGUACAAGCGUGACCCAACAACCGGCAGGUUCAAAGACGACGACCUCGUGGAGUGCAUCACUUCGGCCAUCGAGGACUGCGCGGGCGCGUUCGGCGCGCGCAACGUGCCCAUCUCCAUGCGGCCGGUGGAGAUCCUGGGCAUCCUGCAGGCGCGCAAGUGGCACGUCGCCGGCCUGAACGAGUUCCGCCGGCACUUCGGCCUCAAGCCCUACGAGACCUUCGAGGACCUCAACUCGGACCCGGAGGUGGCCAGCUCCCUGCGCCACCUGUACGAGCACCCUGACUUUGUCGAGCUGUACCCGGGCCUGGUCGCCGAGGAGGCCAAGCAGCCCCUGGUGCCCGGCGUGGGCAUCGCCCCGACGUACACCAUCUCGCGCGUGGUGCUGAGCGACGCCGUCUGCCUGGUGCGGGGCGACAGGCACUACACUACCGACUACAGCCCGCGGGCGCUGACGAGCUGGGGCUUCAACGAGGUGCAGUACGACCUCAACGUCAACCACGGCUGCGUCUUCUACAAGCUUUUCCUCCGGGCUUUCCCCAACCACUUCAAGCAGAACUCUGUCUAUGCGCACUAUCCAAUGGUCAUCCCGGCCGAGAACCACCGCAUCCUGACGUCCCUCAGGCGCGCGGACCUGUUCACCUGGGACCGCCCAGUACACAGUCCCGUUCGUGUCGAAGUCGACUCAACUGAUAGCUCCAGCCAGGUCAAUCAGGCCUGGCGCGAAGGCAUCAGUUCGCUGUUGGAUAAGGACGCUAUCCGCGUCACAUCCAAGACUGGCGCACCCUCAACUAAUGGGGAGAAACGAGGUGCGCAGAAUACGUCAGGCGACGCGCUGCCGGAGGCGGCCAAGGUAUUCUACAAGCAGACGACGGAGAGAUUGCUCAAGGAGAAGAGCUACAUGCUUGGCGGAAGCCGCAUGGUUGACAUCGUGCGAGACGUAGGCAAUGUCGCAAAUGUACACUUCGCCUCACGCCUCCUCAACCUGCCUCUCAAGACCACCUCGAGUCCAAAGGGUAUCUACACCGAAGAGGAGCUGUACUCCGUUCUAGCACUGAUCUACAUCACCCUCUUCCUGAAUGAAGACGCCGUCAAGACCUUCCCCCUCAGGCAGGCGGCCAAGACCAUAAGUGAGCAGCUGGGCAAGGCCAUUGAGACCAACACCGGCACGGGCUCUCGCGGAUUCAAGAGCUUCUUCGGUGAGGCAGGCCGAGUAGACCCAGUGCACACUCACGGUACAGGCUUGAUCAAAGGCUGGGGCAAGGGCGGCUUGAGCGCGUCUGAUAUCGCCUUGGGUCACAUCUUACCCACAGCCUCUCACAUUGUCGCGAUUCAGGGCUCGCUGUUUGCCCGAGCUGUGGACUUCUACCUCUCUCCCGCAGGCAGUGACCAUCUUCCUGCAAUUCGAGCCCUUGCCAGCCAAGCAAGCUCGGAUGCGAACACCAGGGAGCUCCUGGGCUACGUCAUGGAGGGCAUCCGUAUGUCGGGAAGUUCUUCUACCUCGGAGGACAGACUCGACUCCGAGGAUUCCCUCAAGGUGACACCAACAAGGCCCUCGGAGGAACACGGCGACUACGGAUUGGGCUCCAACCCUCACCUGUCGCGCGACGUGCACACCGCGGCCCUGACAGAGAUGUUCCGCGCCGUGUUCAGCAAGAAGAACAUCCGGCGCGCCCCGGGCCCACAGGGCGAGCUCAAGAAGGUCGCGCAGGCGGACGGGUCGUGGGCCUACCUGACCGAGGACUGGAGCAGCAUCACGCCUCUGCCGACCUCGAUGCGGUUGUGCUGGGACGAGGACUGA